AUGCCUUCAUAUCACGCCUCGACUUAUGGCAUCCAUGCCGACGAUCGCAUCAACGCUCUCACCGAUGUUGCCCCGCCAAUCCAUACGUCCACUACGUUUCGCUAUCCUCGCAACCCAGACAAGCUACAGCCUGCUCCCGAUGAGGGCGAAUUCGUGGAUCUGCAAACACCGCUCGUGUACUCGCGUCUCGCAUCGGCCACUACCAACCGUCUAGAGACCAUCUUAGCGCCUUUGAUGUACCCCGAUGCUACUGAGAGCGAAUUGGAUGGAAGCAGCGGCCUUGCGAACCACGUCGUCAGCUAUACGAGCGGACUGAGUGCCUUUCAUGCAUUGCUGGUCAGUGUUGUUCCCAAGGUUGUGGCUAUCAGUGGGGGGUACCAUGGCUGCCACGGAGUGAUUGACCUGCACAAGAAGAUGCACGGCGUCAAGACAGUCGAUCUCCACGCCGACGAAUCAGCCUGGGAUGCUGUUGGCUUGGGCAAUGGCGAUCUUGUUCAUCUGGAGACUCCUCUAAACCCCACAGGCGAGGCCUUUGAAAUUGCAAAGUAUGCAAAGCGAGCACACGCAAGAGGAGCAUUGCUAAGUGUCGACGCGACUUUUGCACCCCCAGGCCUCCAAGAUGCAUUCAAAUGGGGUGCCGAUAUUGUCAUGCACAGUGGAACAAAAUAUAUCGGCGGCCACAGCGAUAUGCUUUGCGGUGUUCUUGCUACAUCUGCCGGACCUGAAGGCCUGAAGCGGGCAAAGACAUUACGCGCGGAGCGCAUCUUCCUCGGAGCUGUACUUGGUAAUCUGGAAAGUUGGCUCGGCGUGCGUAGUCUGCGGACCUUGGACUUGCGUGUGCAGCGGCAGUCUUCCAAUGCCGACAACCUCGUUCGCUGGCUGAAUGAUUCGCUCAAUGGCAAGGGAGAAGAUGCGGAAGCUGUCAAGAAAGUUGUCAGUAAAGUCAAGCACGCAUCGCUCCAGACCUCCGACAUGUCCUGGCUCAAGCAGCAGAUGCCCAAUGGCUUCGGUCCCGUAUUCAGCAUCUACAUGAAGGAGGCGAAACAGGCUCGUACCCUCCCAUCACACCUCCGGCUCUUCCAUCACGCUACUAGCUUGGGUGGUGUGGAGAGCUUGAUCGAGUGGAGGAGGAUGAGCGAUACUGAGGUGGACGAGAGAUUGUUGCGUGUCAGUGUGGGCGUGGAAAGCUGGGAAGAUCUGAAAAACGACUUGUUGGGUGCUUUCAAGGCACUGGCGAGUGGUGAAGCGACACAAGAAACAAAUGGCAGGGAGAAGGCGCAGGCUGGACAAGAAGGAGCGCAGAUCCCCGAGGCAGGAGCGGGGGCUGUGUAA